CACUGAUGAACUGUGUUUGUUGAAAUCUAAUGAUAAUCCAAUAUUUGUGUUCAAUUUCCUCUCACAAUUAUGCACUGACUCCCAGAUUAAUUGAAUAUAUCAAUUUCUUUUUGUUCAGUAUCAUACAUUGGUUGUUGGGUGGAAGAUCUCUCUCAUCAUUUAUCUGCUUAAUGGCAUGAAGAAGUUAAAUUUUAUGUACAGAAGUCAAACAGUAAAGUGCAACAAUUUCGUCAUUUUAAUCCCAGGUAAAGGGAAGUUCAGCGAAUAGAUGCCUGGGCGAGAGGAUGGAGAAGCUGAAGAGGGUGCUCACCCAAAUAGCGUACAACAAUUAUAGUGCUCCAUUCCACUACACCCCACUUCUCCCCAUUCUAUCAUUUGCCUCGAAACUCUAUGGCUUUGCUCUGUUUCUUCGACACCAUCUCUAUGCGUUUGGCCUCUUCAAGUCUAAAAGGUUGCCUGUGCCUGUAAUAAGCGUGGGUAAUUUGACUUGGGGAGGCAAUGGAAAGACGCCCAUGGUCGAAUUCCUUUCUCUCUUAUUUUCUCGCUCUGGGAUCUGCCCUCUCAUCCUUACAAGGGGUUAUGCUGGAGGUGAUGAAGCUAAAAUGCUUAAAAGACAUCUUGCUGGAACGUCUGCCAAAAUUGGUAUUGGAGCAAAUAGGGCUGCGACAGCUGCUUGCUUCCUCAACAAGUAUGGUUACACAGAUCACGGCGGUCCCCUGUUUUCAGACAAAAUGUACCCAAUUCAAGAAUUUGGCAGCUGCUAUAAUUCACUUAAAAUUGGAGUUGUGAUUUUGGAUGAUGCGAUGCAGCAUUGGAGCUUGUCGAGAGAUGUUGAAAUUGUAAUGGUUAAUGGCAUCAUGUUGUGGGGUAACUGUCAUCUACUUCCACGUGGACCUCUUCGAGAACCUGUGGCAGCACUUGAAAGGGCAGACAUUGUAGUCAUCCAUCACGCGGACUUGGUAUCCUAUGCUCAACUCAGAAGUAUUAAGUCAAGGAUCAUUGAAGUUAAGGAUACAAUAAAUAUUUUCUUUAGUAGACUGGUUCCUUGCUACUUCUUUGAAGCUAAAAAUCAUUCUUCCACAUUGCCAUUAAAGCUAGCGGCGAAUACAAUUGUCUUAUGUGUUUCUGCAAUUGGUUGUGCUGAAGCUUUUGUACGAACAAUUAAAAAGCUUGGUGCAUUGCAUGUAGACAUUAUGGAUUUCAGUGACCAUCACAUUUUCAAAGAGAAGGACAUUAACAUGAUCAAAAGGAGGCUCAGAAAAUUGGAGAAUAGAUUUGAAGUCAAACCUAUAGUUGUUUUCACAGAGAAGGACUAUGACCGCGAUCCUGUCAUUCUGACUAAGCUGGAUAGUAGCCGUGUUUUGGUACUUCAUUCGUCCUUGGAAAUCAUGCCAUCUUUCCAACGUCCACCAAAAAGCUUUGAGGAGCUUUUGAUGAAUCAUAUACCUCAUCCAUCUCCAGAAGUCAAUACUCUGCAAUAACCAUGAAGUCCAGUUCCUGGCUUUCCUGAUGAAUCUUAUACAUCAUCCAUAUGGAAACUCAAUGCUAAGGAUUAACAUGCGGUUGAAAUCUUUCAAGCUUUUGAAGAUUUUGGAAGGAUUCGAAGAUUAAGAUUUAAUUUUUGACAAAGAAAACAAGUUUCUCUUUAUAUGCUAUGUAAGAUUUUCCUUUAUGCCAGAUGCCAUUCAAUUGAUUUGCAUCAUGUGCCCUUCCAAAAAUAUUACGUCCUACGUUAUGUUCAACCUUAGCAAUAAACCCUUGCACUUUCUCGGAAUGAAUGUUUUCAUUGUAAUUUUCACUUUCAUGUUAUGGUUCUUAUUUUCUAAACCAUUGUUGAGGACUGAUUUGUUAUCACAUGGAUAAGUACCAAGAACAAAGCCGAGGCAGGAAGGAUAACUUGCACUUA